UAUAUGUAGGUCGCUUCAUCAAACUUCUCCGUUUUCUGCUCUUUUUCCCGUUCUUCAUGAUUAAAUUUCUUGGCCUUGGCACAAAACACGACUAUUCCAGUAAAUGUGGGAGUGCUUCUUGACUUGCAUACUGGGUUUGGGAAAUUGGGGCUCCGCUGCAUCAACAUGGCCCUCUCCGACUUCUAUGCCUCUCAUGCUUACUACCGUACUAGGCUGGUCCUACACAAAAGGGACUCCGCGAAAGAUGUUGUUGUUGCAGCUGGUGCAGGAUUUCACCUUUGAAACAGCUGGUACUUACAAUGAUUUGGUUUAUCAAGUGUUUCUUGGGAACUAUGAUGCUGCAGUUGGUGAUAUUACCAUUAGAGCAAAUAGAUCCUUGUAUGUCGACUUCACAUUGCCAUACACAGAAUCUGGGAUAUCAAUGAUAGUGCCUAUCAAAGAUAAAAAUGACGCUAAAAACACAUGGGUGUUCUUUUAGCCUUUGACUUGGGAUCUUUGGGUAGCAAUCGGUUGUUUUUUCGUAUUGAUUGGUUUUGUAGUCUAGGUUCUUGAACACCGGAUAAAUAAAGACUUCCGAGGGCCUCCACUUCAUCAAAUUGGCACAAGCUUUUGGUUCUCAUUCUCAACCAUGGUUUUUGCACAAAGUAAGUUCUAUUAUGUUAGACUAUUCUGUAAUGACUUUUCACCGUCUCUCAUGAAUCAUAAAAUGUUGAAAAGGAGUUUUAUUUGCAUAUUCUAUGGCUCAAUACAUUCCAUUUCUUUCCAAUUUUUGUAAUAGGGGAGCAAGUACUGACCAACUUGGCUAAGUUUGUUGUGAUAGUAUGGUGCUUUGUUGUUCUUAUACUAACUCAAAGUUAUACUGCAAGUCUUAGUUCAAUUUUAACAGUUCAACAGCUUCAACCCGUCAUUACUGAUGUAAACCUGCUAUCGAAGAACGGGGACAAUGUUGGCUAUCAGGGAGGUUCUUUUAUUUAUAGGAUUUUGAAGGAAAGAGGAUUUCAAGAGGCAACCCUUUGGACAUACGAUUCUCCAGAAGAAUUGGAUGAACAUUUUCAAAAUGGGAAUGGAAACUGAUGUAGGACGAGAUUUUAGCCAAUUUCAAUCAAAAAUCUCG